GGCUGCGGAUCGGGAGUGAGGGGCACCGGCAGGUACCCGCAGUGCAGCCACAUCGGAGGGGAAGCCGUGGACGAUCAGCACCAUCUCCCUGCAAGGAGAGAACCCAGAUGGACCCUACUGGCCAAAUCGCUUGAAGCCCCGCCCCCAGCCCAACUCUGAUUGGCGGAACUGGGGCGAGUGGCGCAUUGGGAUGGGACCUGAGGCGGAAGUGGUGGCACCAGAGGCGGAAGUGGGCGGGAUCCCAGCGCCUGGAGGAGCGGGAUGGAGGCGGCCGAGCCGGCUCUGAGCGCGGAGACCCUGCGGGGGCGGCUGCUGCGCGGGCUGGAGGCGGAGCACGUGGAAGUGGAGGACACGACCCCGAGCCGCUGCUCCACCAGCUUCAAGGUCCUGGUUGUCUCGUCCCGGUUCCGGGGGAAGCCCCUGCUCCAGCGACACCGGCUGGUGAACGAGCUGCUGGCCGAGGAGCUGAAGCACAUUCACGCCUUGGAGCAGCGCACGCUGACCCCCGAGCAGUGGGCGAAGGAGCGGGGGGGCCUGCAGUGCGCCCCCCCCCCCCCCCCCGGGAGCAGGACGGAGCUGGGACCCCCGCGCCCCACGGAGCUGGGACAUCGGCUGGAAUAAAGGAUUAUGGGCAACAAAACAGUGUCUGACU